GCUGCGGAUCGGUGGAGAGCGGCCGCUGCUGCUGUGCAGAACAGGGUUAACGUUAGAGUUUUAUUGUUCUUAGGGUUGAAGACAGCUCAUUGACAAGAUGUCGGAUUUCGACAGCAACCCUUUCGCAGAUCCGGAUUUCAGCAACCCAUUUCAGGAUCCCUCGGUCACACAAGUAACGCGGAAUGCGCCACCCGGCCUGGAGGAGUAUAAUCCAUUUACAGAUACAAAACCAGCUCCGCCUGGUUCAGGUCCCAAAGUCCCGCCCACUGCUAACACACAGCCAGCCAUCAUGAAGCCCACUGAGGAACCACCAGCUUAUUCGCAGCCACAGCAAACACAGGAUCAGGCACGGGCCCAGGCUGAGUUGCUGAGGAGGCAGGAGGAGCUGGAGAGGAAAGCUGCAGAACUCGACCGCAGAGAGAGAGAGAUGCAGUCACUUAAUGCAUCUGGAGGAAGGAAAAACAACUGGCCACCCCUGCCUGAAAAGUUUCCUGUGGGUCCAUGUUUCUACCAUGACAUAUCUGUGGAUAUCCCGGUGGAGUUUCAGAAGACGGUUAAGAUCAUGUACUACUUGUGGAUGUUCCACACGGGGACACUGUUUCUGAACAUCUUCGGGUGCUUGGCGUGGUUUUGUGUAGAUUCAACACGUGGUGUUGACUUUGGCCUGGCCAUGCUGUGGUUCAUGCUCUUCACUCCCUGCUCAUUCGUCUGCUGGUACAGACCUCUGUAUGGAGCAUUUAGGAGUGACAGCUCUUUCCGCUUCUUUGUGUUUUUCUUCGUCUAUAUUUGUCAGUUCGGUGUCCAUGUGAUGCAGGCCAUUGGCAUCGCAGGCUGGGGAGUCAGUGGUUGGAUCUCGGCACUGACCGGCCUUAAUAAAAGCAUUCCUGUGGGCAUCAUUAUGAUCUUGAUUGCUGCUCUGUUUACCGCCUCAGCUGUCAUCUCUCUCAUCAUGUUUAAAAAGGUUCACGGGCUGUAUCGGACCACUGGUGCAAGCUUUGAGAAGGCCCAACAGGAAUUCGCCACCGGCGUCAUGUCCAACAAAACAGUGCAGACAGCCGCCGCUAACGCCGCCUCGACCGCUGCGCGCGGAGCAUUCAAAGAGCAAUUCUGAUUGGUUAGGAGAGAGAGAGCAGGCGCAGCUUUAAGCUCGUCCCACGUUCCCUUUUUCAUUCUUUCUUAUUAUACUCUUUUGACUUGUGAGUCAUCUGUAAGCCUGUUUCAGAUGUGGAGGAUCCCAGACCACACCCCUUCAUCAAUUCGGUGCACUCCAUUGGCUAACUGAGACUCUACUCUUUUCACAAAGUGGAUGGACUCAACUGGCUGUUGAGGUUUUGUGUGUGUGUGUGUGUGUGUGUGUGUGUGUGUGUGUGUGUGUGUGUGUGUGUGUGCACGCAUUUGACAUUAUCCCAUUAUCCACUUCCCAGUUGUCCAUUCAGAUCAAUCCUGUGCUUGCUUAUGAACAAAAAGAAAACAGGAAGUGAUGUCAGCAAAGGAUUCUGUUCACUUCCUGUAAACAUCUGUAAGUGAACAAAGGGUUGAAACAUUAUCCAGUUCACCAACAAAAUAUCCAGUAAUAUCUUACACCAACAAGCAUUUCAUUCCUACCCCUUAUUGGCCAGUAGGAAUGUCCCCCACUGAUUGCACCCGGUGGGAGACUCAGGUGGCUCCUCUGUUGCUUUUUUUUUUUUUUUUUGAUCUCCGAAUCUGCCUUACAUGCUGUUCCUGCUUUUCUGAAAAUAUGUCGAAGCUCCUUCAUUUUGCUUCUGAGGCUUAUUUGACGACCUAAAAAAUCAAAACCUGGGUUAAGCGUGCUUGAGAAGCUCACUAAGCCAUCGGUUCAGCUCUGGAUCUGAAGCUUUUGGAUGCCGGUGAAAAGUAAAGCCUCAAGAGAAGAAAACACUAUCUGUAUAAACAAAUGGCACGUUUCAGGGUCACAGAAAACCCAAGAAAGAUUAUAGCAUGCUAGCCUUCGUGUUGGUGGUUAUGGGUGUGUGUGUGUGUGUGUGUGAGAGAGAGAGAGAGGGAGAGAGAGAGAGAAAGAGAAUGUGUAUUGAAUGAAUUUGAAUGAGCUCCACAGCAAGUGAUUUUCACAUAGGUUUAUAAAUUGAAGUAGUCUUAUCAUUUCAGUCCAACAGGACAGUUUAGGUUUUAGAUUAUGUUUUUGUAUUUCUCAUUAAUGAAUGCAACUUUGUAGUCUUGAGUACUGAGAAACAUCUAUCUGGAAAGUAUCUCAAGACUAUGGUUUGCCUGUGUUUUGAGACCGUAUUUGUGUGUUGGUGUGUGUGGGUAUGUGUGUGUGUGGUAGCUUCAGUCAUCACUAUACAGUAUUGAUUUCAGAACUGAUACUUGGAUGUUAACUCACAGACACGUGAACACGUACAUUAGAGACCUUUUGCUCAUAGCUUGAUUUUAAAAACCUUUUUUUUUUUUUUGGCUAUUGUAGUGUUUCCAAUUCCAUCAUCUCAAGAUGAGCUGCUGCAAGUCGUUCUUUUUUUUUUUAGAACUUCGUUUCAACAAAUGGCACCUGAAUGUUUGUUCUAUAUUAAUACGAAUCGAGUCGGAAAAGUCCGUAGAAAAGAUCAAACGUGAGCCUGUGCGUGCGUGUGUUGCGUUGGAUUUGUGGCUUUUAAUUUGUGAUUUUAACUCUGACAUUAUUAGUUGAAACACUGAGGAGGUGGUGAUGCGAAGUCCGUUCAAGCAAACCCAAGGGAUAUUUGUAUAUUUUGUAAAAAAAAAAGACAAAAAAGAAUAAUAAUUGACGAGUGGUUGCCUGUCGUCCUGAAUAAUUCCAUCGUACUGUACAAAUGCACUCUUGUCUCCCUCUGCAGUCGCAUGUUGAAUAGUUUGAGUUUUGUAUAUUUAUUGUAUUAACACAGAAAUAAAAUAAGAAAAUGGACUA